AUGUCAAAGUCCAAUAUAAUUUUGUCUGAAUGCAAAAUUUGUGGAGUUCCUGCUUCGUAUUCUCAUUAUGGUGUUAUAUCAUGCAUGUCAUGUAAAAUGUUUUUCAAACGAAAUGCUGAAAAUCGAGAACUAACAACAAUAAAUUUACUUGAUCAAGAUCGAUCAUUAUUAACUACUGAUCAAUGGACACUUCUAUCCAAUUUAAUUCAUUCAUACGAUGAACAUAAUGCUCUAACAGUUGCAAAAGAUUUUGCAAAAGAUUUGAAUAGUUCACAUCCGAAAUUACGUUUCAAAAUAGAUGCAAACAAAACAGUUAAAAUUAUUACAAUUCUUUGUCAAGCAACAGAACCAUUUAUUCAAUCAAAUCAUCAUUUUGCUUCAUUACCUCAGCAUGAUCGUUCGAUUAUCUUGCGUGGUACUGUCGAUAAUGUUAGUUGUCUUGGUGCAGCUUUGAUACUGCGUCAAUCACAACUUAUCACAAAUUCAGGUUUUCGUAAUGGUCUGGAAAUUACUUAUGGCACUAUUCCAUAUUAUUUAAGUAUGAAUUUAAUUUCAUCAUUGAAUCAAGAUUGUGAUCUUGUUAAAUUAUCAUUAUCAAUAUUGGCUUUUUGCACAAGUAGUUGUGCUAUCUUUAAUAAUAAUACUUCACUUAUGUAUUUGACAGAUAUUCAAUCAUUUUUAAAUAUACAAAAUAUGUAUGCUGAAGUUAUAUGGAAAUAUUUACUUUAUAGAUAUUCGUUUGAACAAUCUGUCGUACAUUUUAAUCAACUUGUUAAAAGUAUUAUUGCUGCAGUUACCGUUAGAACUCAUCUACAAAAUGUUAGAAAUCAUACUGAUGUUAUUGAGACACUCGUUCAACAUAUUGGACAAAAACAAAUGAACAUUCAUGAUAAUUAA